UAAACUGUAAACAUUUUCGAAUAAUACGUAGUUGUUUUGAUUCGUUCAUGCCAGGCUUUUUUGUUUAUUGCUCACUAUUUAACUCAAUUACACUUGCAACUUAUCAUUAAUUUAUUAAUAUUAAUUAGUUUCAUUCAGUAACAGAAUUUAAUUCUUGUUUUUAGUGUUUUGUUGUGGUUCGUUUUGCCUUGUGAAGUUGAGUUUUGGAACAUGCCUAUUAGGGAUUAAAAUUGUACUGAUUUCUGCAUUACCCCAUACUACGGAGAUAUUUUAAACUCCUAAGAGUUCUAAAAUUAUAGCUUAACAAUAUGGAUUCCGAUGAGUGCUUAGAAUUGAUAAAAUUAAUUAAUGUUAAAAGUAAUGUUGAUAAUAUAACUCCCCAUAAAAUCGCAGUUGUGGCUUUUAUACGAGAGUAUGGAUUGUUAAAAAUGGAAGAAAGGGCAAUUUAUGAACGGUCCAUGGCUCCAAAAUACAGAAAGGACUUCUGUAUACUGGCUUUAAAACUGAUACAGUGUCCAGACAUGGAGUUUAAAGAAUUAGAGGCUCUACUGACAGAUGGGAGAUACAAUUUGUUAAGUGUUCAUUUACAAAAUUUUUGUGUGAGACUACAAAAUAUAUUUAUUAAUGGUAUCAAUGCCCUAACGGAUUGUGUCACUUCUACUAUUGACAAGUUGAUGAUUGAACAAAAUGCCACAAAUCCGUGUAUUAUUACCAGAUGCAGUGUCCUAGGUUUUUACCUCAGAAGAAUAAUGUUGCAUUUGGAUAAACUAUCUUUUGUUCAACUUGGCUCAUUGUAUAAAUCAUUUUGCCAUUAUUAUCAAAAAGGCAGGCCUGGUCUUAUGAUGAGAUCACUAAGUAAGGAGAAACUCAACAAUUCUGAGUCACAAGUGGUGGCCUCAUCUUCUGUGAUGGCAGAUGAAUCAAGGCCUCAGGAAGUGUUCAAGAUAAAUAUUGAAAAAGACAAUGGAUUUGAAGAAUGUCAAUGGUCAAGGAAACAAGCAGAACUGUUUACGGCCCAACAAGCAAACCUUUUGCAAAUUAAUGAGAAAAAGGCGCUUCCAGCCAAACAACUGCAGAAAAUGAUUUCUCAAAUUAUAAAGGAUAUACCGGAGUAUCCAGAUGUGCAUUUCCUGAGUUUUUUAAAUUGCAUCAGGAUGAAAGAGUUUUGUGGAGCUCAGGAUUCUUUAUACAAUUGCUUCGAUAGGGCAGUGUUCAAUGUGGGAGCUAACUCAACCACUGAUAAGAAUAAAGGCUUUCGGUAUGCAGCGCUCAACCGAGCUGCUAUGCACACACAUUUCGGCCACAAGUCGGUUGCCAUGGAGGGCGUGCGCGAGGCGCUGGCGGCGGCGCAGGAGGCGGGCGACGCGGUGUGCCUGGGACACGCGGCGGCCUGGGGCGCCGUGGCGGGCGGCCGCGCGCGUCGGGCGGCCCUGCUGACCCGGCGGCCCCGAGCGCAUCGCGCCGCCGCCGCCGCCGCGCAACUGCUGGCACAGCACCUGGCGCUGACCGGCACGCAGCCCGCUGAGAUCUUCCAGAUCAUAACAAAGGGUGAUUUUAUAAAUUACUUACAUUCAAUGACGGAUUUAACAAUGGCGGGUUUGGCUAACACUGCGGCUCUGUGGGGUCUCUACGGGAAAACCGAAAUGGCUUCACUCAACUGCCAGUUACUUUUAAAUUUGAACACAAAAUCCAAGGUGGGCUCUGGGGCGAGCGGCGCGGCCGCGGGCGGUGUCUGCGGCACGUGGCAGUGGAGCGAGGCCAGCGCGGCGGGCGGAGCGGGCGCGGCCACCGUGGCGGCGUGGCGCGGGCGGCUGCACCUCGCCGCCGCGCUGCACUCGCACUUCCAGUGUGCGCUCGUGCUGCGGCACCACGCCUCCUUCGCGCUGCGAGCCGGCAAAUGGGAAGAAGCUGAACAAAGCAUACGAGAGUUAGCCUCAGCCGAUAGAUGGGAGAGCCAACUAUUAAAAGCAGAAAUGUAUUUCCUUAAAGGCGAUCCAACAAAUGCCUUAGAAACCCUCCAUGACAUAACAGAUUAUUGCAAGACAGAGGAUGACAGUCCACACUACAUUUCACUGCGACUGAAGGCGAUGAUAAUGAUGUCCGAAGUCCAGCAUUCGUUCAGUAGUAUACAGUCGACCAAUAUAAUGUUGUUGAAUGAGGCAUUGUGUUUAGCCAAGAAAUCACAUAUGCACUUCUUAGCUGCUACUGUAGAGAUGCAAAUAGCAAAUGUUCAACUUCAUAUGGGCUGUUCGAAGAAUGCUUUGUUGCUUGUUAGAAAAGUACUGCCUUUAGUAAUGGAAAAUGGAAGCGCCUACGAUUUAGGCCGAGGCAUGUUGUUAUAUACGAAGUGUCGUAUAGCCGCGGCGCCGCCCGCCGGGGAGGCCCGCUCACAAGUACUGCAGUCUUGUUGUGAAGCUUUAGAUACUGCCAAAGAAAACUUUUCCAAAGUUGGAGCUCAGAACCGAAUUCUUCAUACAUUAUACUUACAGGCUCAACUGUACAACGACCUCGGUAACAUAACAGCACGCAAUCAGUGUGCGUGGAUGUACAGACAACUGGAGCCGCAAGUGCCAUUGGAACCGUUACAGAUGUCACUUGUUAUGUAUUAAAUUUAUUACUAAGUAGAAAA